AAACAAACUAAAUGGAUUCGCGAGGACGAAACCCCCAUAUCAAGCUGAAACAUGUUCGAAGGAAUAGUGCGGAAUUAACGAGGAAGAAACUAAGAAGCGUACAUGCGCCGGUAGAUGCUCGCAGAAGAAGGAGAGGACAGGAAAAGCGAGCUGGAUAACUGGAAACAGAUGGAGGGCAUUGAACCUGAGUGCGAAGCAAGCAAGAGAAAACAGAAAACAAGAAAAGAAAAAGAAAAUUCAGUUGAGAUAUCCGGAGAAACACGGCUGACGAUGCGUAAGGAUGAAAGGAGAGAAGAAGAAAAAAAAAAAAAAAGGCUAAAGGGAAAUGAACCGAGAUAACCUCCCCAACCUGACUGACGCCGUCACAGUAGAGUAAAAU